UGUUCCAAAGCCAUUAGUUUUAUACCAGAAGCUCGAGCAGGACAUGUGGCAAUAAUAAUUGGAGAUCUAUUAUAUUUUAUGGGAGGUUCUCGUUUUAUUCCAUCCACAAAUCCAAUUAAGAGCUCAAUAAGAGUGUAUAAUUUGUCCGAUGAGGUUUUUUAUCUAAAUCUUUCAUCUCAAUUUUCCCCUGGUAACCCACCAUAUGUUGACCUUACGAGUACUUCUGCACGAAUGAAAUAUGCAAGUGAAAAAGGUGCCGUGGUUCUCGGACGUUCUGUUAACGAAAGUGCGUUUCUGAUUGGAGGUGUACAACAGAAUCUUACACUCCUUAAUGAAAUUGAUCAUAAUGCAACUAUAACUUCGAAUCAAACUUUGAUGAUAAAUGAAAUUAGUAAAACCUACAAUACGACUGAUCAAUUCGUUUUUUUCUAUCAGUCACGUGCAAAGUCUUGGUCAUAUCCUUUGGGUUAUAACGGAAUACCGCCGUCUAGACGAAGAUCAACUUCAACUGUCAUUAAUCAGAAUGGAAUAAUAUAUAUAUUUGGAGGGAGAGCUCAAGUAGAUACAGGAUCACCUACAUUUGUUUGUUAUAAUGAUUUAUAUGAAUUUGAUCCGGUAGUAUCAUCGUGGAAAAAAAUUAAUGCAGACAAUGUUCCUUCACCUCGAAGUCACGCAGAACCAGUAUUACUUCCAGAUGGUAAGAUUCUUUAUAUUGGUGGUGUAUCUCAGACUGACCCUGAAAAGAACGCAAACUUAAUAGAUAUGAAUGAGUAUGCAAAACAGCCAAUCCGCAUUGAUUCUCGAAUAGCCCACACUGCAACCUUAAUACCAGACACCAAUGAAAUUAUUAUAAUAGGGGGGAACACAAGUAAUAUUACUGAUGAUUUAGUGCCACCAUUUAACCUCAGCUCUCUCAUUUAUAUAUUAGAUAUUCCUUGCAAAACAUGGGUAACUACCUAUGCACCUAAUAAAUCAAUCUGUAGCAUUGUUGAAUCUACUAGCAGUAUUAAAUCUAAUAGUAGCAACGGAUUAAAUAUUGGUGCAGUUGUUGGUAUUACUAUUGGCUGUGUUGGCCUUGUUGUUAUUAUUGCUUUAAUAUUUAUUUUAAGAAGAAAUAAU